UGACCUUUAAAUCACGUGACGAAGCCCUUUCCCUACAAAACUUGCACGUUGCAAGAAUGGCUGCUCAAUCACAGCAACAGAAUUUCAUGCGAGGAAUCGUUAAACAGGUUCAGUCUGGCGAUGCUGUCAUCAUCCGAGGCCAGCCCAAAGGUGGACCUCCGCCGGAAAAGCAGAUAUGUCUGUCCAACGUCACCGCCCCCAAGUUGGCUAAAAAAGCCAACCCCAACAUUGCCACCUCUGUAGAAACUAAAGAUGAGCCUUAUGCAUGGGAGGCCCGUGAAUACUUGCGGAAAAAACUCAUCGGCAAGGAGGUGCAUUUCACUGUGGAGUAUAGUGUACCGGGGAGUGGACGCGCUUAUGGAUGCAUAUACCUGCCCACAGGAAAAGACCAAACUCCUGAGAAUGUAACAGAGUCCAUCGUUGCGGAGGGUUUAGUGGAAGUCAGGCGAGGCGGCAUCAAACCAAGCGAUGAUCAGAAUAAACUCAUCCUACUGGAGGACACGGCCAAGGCAGCCAAGAAGGGCAAGUGGGCUGGCACUGCCUCCGGUGCUGGGGUACGGGACGUCCACUGGGCCAUCGAGAACCCACGGAACUUUGUGGACAGCCUCCACGGAAAAGAGCAAGAUGCUGUUAUUGAACAUGUGCGUGAUGGCUGCACCGUCCGCGCGUUCCUGAUCCCAUCAUUCCACCAUGUCACAGUCAUGCUGUCGGGAAUAAAGUGCCCCAUGUUUCGCAGGGAUGGCGACUCCGAAGUUGCUGAACCUUUUGCCAUGGAGGCCAAGUACUUCACCGAGUCUCGUCUCCUUCAGCGUGAUGUCAAGAUUAUCCUGGAAGGUGUAUCCAAUCAGAACUUUCUCGGUUCCAUCAUUCACCCGAAAGGGAACAUUGCUGAAUUUCUUCUGGCUGAAGGUCUUGCUCGCUGCGUUGAUUGGAGCAUUGCCACUGUCACACACGGAGCUGAAAAUCUGCGGGCUGCCGAAAAGAAAGCCAAGGAGAAACAGUCGCGCAUCUGGAAAGAUUACAAAUCCAAGGCUGUGCCUCUGAAUAUAGAGGAGAAAACCUACACAGGGAAGGUAGUGGAGGUUGUCAAUGCCGAUGCUCUACUCCUGAAGACUGCCUCUGGGGAGUACCGCAAGGUAACGCUGUCCAGCAUCCGCCCGCCUCGCCUGACACAGCCAGCCAAAGACAGCAAGGAGAACGGCAAAGACGAGGAGCCAUCCAAGCCUGAGAGACGUAUCCGCCCUCUCUACGACGUGCCCUACAUGUUCGAGGCCCGAGAGUUUCUGCGCAAGAAGCUGAUUGGCAAAAAAGUCAACGUCUCGGUAGACUACAUCAAGCCUGCCAACGACGGCUACCCGGAGAAAACCUGCGUGACAGUCACCAUCGGCGGAAUAAACGUAGCAGAAGCGCUCGUCAGUAAGGGGCUUUGCAGUGUGAUCCGGUACCGUCAGGAUGAUGAUCAAAGGUCGGCGCACUAUGACGCCUUACUGACAGCCGAGACGAGAGCCAUCAAGAACAGCAAAGGAAUACACAGCAAGAAGGAGUACCCCAUCCACCGCAUCGCUGACCUCUCUGGGGAGGCCCAGAAGGCAAAACAGUUCCUUCCAUUCCUGCAGCGUGCUGGUCGGAGCAAUGCCAUCAUUUUUAGCAAGAAUGCUUCAGAUGUGAGGUUGAAUCUGAAUGAACCUUUACUGUUAUCAUUAUUGUCAAGCAUUUCUGGGAUAACUUGCCCCAAGAUGGCUCGGACUGGACCGGGGGGCCCGACAGAAUCCGAACCAUUCUCUGAGGAAGCCUUGCAGUAUACCAAGGAGCUGGUUCUGCAGAGAGAGGUUGAGGUGGAAGUGGAGUCCAUCGACAAAGCUGGCAACUUCAUCGGCUGGCUGUUUGUGGAGGGUGUCAACCUGUCCGUCGCGCUGGUCGAGCAGGGCCUGUCCAAGAUGCACUUCACGGCCGAGCGCAGCAACUACGCUCGCCCCAUUCAAGCGGCUGAAGAGAAGGCUAAGACAGCUAAGCUGAAGGUUUGGGAGAAGUACGAGGAGCCCAAGACAUUGGUUACUGUCGAGGAGACAGCAGAGCGCAAGACUAAUUACAAACGCAUCAUUGUUACUGAAAUCGGCAAUGAACUGGACUUCUAUGCUCAACUCGUUGAGUCUGGCCCCCAGUUUGAGAAGUUCAUGGAGCAACUCCGGGCUGAGAUUCUAGAAGCUCCUCCCCUCCCGGGGUCGUUCUCCCCUAAGAAAGGAGACAUGUGCGUCGCCAAGUUUGUCGACGGUGAGUGGUACCGAGCCCGAGUGGAGAAGGUCUACAAUAAGGACAAGAGCCUCGUCUUCUUCCUGGACUAUGGAAAUUCCGACUUUGUGACAUCUGCCAACAUCGGUGCCAUGCCGCCGGGGUACCACACACAACAGCCGCAGGCCCGCCACUUCCACUUGGCGUGUGUUACGCUGCCUAAAGAUGACGAGUUUAAGCAGGAGGCGUUGGAGGCGGUCAAGCGUGACAUCCUCAACGCCCAGCUCCUGUACAACACCGAGUACCGCGUGGGCAGCGCCGAGUACGUCACCCUCCUCAUUCCGGACUCCAAGGAGGACGUGGGCAAGGGGCUGGUGAGCGAGGGCUUCCUGUUGGCCGAGCAGCGUCGGGAGAAGCGCCUGCAGAAGAUGGUGGCCGAGUACGUACUGGCUCAGCAGAGCGCCCUUAAGGCUCACCUGAACCUGUGGCGUUAUGGUGACAUCACUGAAGAUGAUGCAAGGGAGUUUGGGUACCAAGCCUAACUCUCCCUCAAACCGGAUCAUUGGUUAGUGGCAAUCGUGGAACAACUUGGAUUAAAAAAACCUCUCAAACUGAUUAACUCUUUCAAAACUAUGAAAUCCAUCAAGGCACAGUCUGCUCAACUUUCUAAUGAAAUUUUAAUGCGGUUGACUGAUUAAUAGUUUUCUUUCUGUGUGGGCAGUAUGGGAUUUUUGUUCGUGGUUUAAAUUUCUCCUUUAGGGUGUAGGGACUACUUGAUUUCUUGAAAUCAGUAAAAUUGUGUAAAUAGGAAAGAAAUCAUCUUUCCAGUGGCAAAAUUACAAAUUACUUGUGUGUGUGUGUUCACACGCUCUCCACAUUAAAUGCCCAAGAUGCUCUGAUUUACUUUUCCUGCCUUUCACAGAAGUAUUACUUUUUAAACAAAGCUCAACAGUUAUUGGCUACCAAGGGCAGUUUUUGAUGUGUAUCUGCCAAUCACAACUCUUGUACCUACUUUGUAUUGCCACUUUGUAUAGCAGAGUACGGUGUUGGUCCAGUGAAUAUUCUGUCUAGAUUUUAGUUGUAGAUGGAUGAAUUUUAGAGAAAUAAUUUAAAAGUUUUGAAGCGUUUCUCUUACAUCCUGAAGUAUUAAACCGCAGAAUAAAGGACUAAAUCAAAAGAGAGUACAUUAUAUUUUCUUGAUGCUUCAAAAAUAUUAGGAUUAAUCAUGAAUUUAGCUUCCUCUUGAAAGGAGUAUGGUAUUGUAGUGCACCAUUGAUAGUUUUUUUUGUCUGAAUUGAAUGUAGUAUUUUUCCACUGAAUGACGGGACUGUCUUCCAAAUUGAAGAAAGAGGACUACAUUGUACAUAUUUAGAAAAAUGUUAAAAAGUUGAAGAGGAACUUAGCUCAGAUUUAAUGAUAUUUCAUUGGAUUCCUUGAUGUUUUUAAGUAUUCUGAAUAUUACAGGUUAAGGUAGGACCGGAAGUAGCUUUGAAAUUAAGAUUUCUUGGGGUGGAAAUUCGAACUGAAUGCAAAUGAAUUUGAGUCAGAUUUUCCAAGUUGUUGCCACGAUUACCUCUGCCUGUCUUCCGAGGAAUAGCUUGCUCAAGUUGAAUGUAGACCAAGGAUUAACCAAUUGCUUGUUUGAAUCUAAGUCACAUGACUAUGCUUUAACCAAUUAAACGCCAAGACAUUUUGAGGUCUUCGGGCAUAUUUGAA